UUAAAAUUCUCCGUAGAAUAGAUAUAGUAACGUGCGAAAAAAGCAGCAGUUAGUUGAAUCGCGAUUCAUCACUAUUUUACUUACCAACCAUAGAGUAAAAAGAAAGUCGCGAUAAAACAGAAAAUUGUUUGUUUGAGUUUAGAGAUUGAUUGUGAUUCAAGAAAUGUUUAAGGUUAGUUAGCUUAUUUGUAAAUGAAUUGAAUUGAUUGCAUUCAUGAAUAGAAUUGUGCAGACUGGACCAAACUGUGACCGUCCAUGAACUCCAUGAUUAAUCGAAGUCUUUUUUAGUAGGUUGUUAAUAAUUAGUUCAUAAUGAAGAUAAUUAUAAAAGUACUGCAGGGUCAGGAGCAUACAUUAGAAGUGACUGGACAGACCUCUGUGUUGGCAGUGAAAGAACAACUGAAUAAGGUACUCAAUAUUCCAGUGAACCAGCAGAAAUUAUUGCUGACAGGUCGACCUCUCACAGAUGAUAAAUCCCUGUGUGACUACCCGUCAAUAAAGGACGGCACCAAGUUGAAUCUUAUAGUGAAACAGGAGACUAGUCCUGCAGCAAAGUCAGCGUUCUCCAAGUCAUUCGAAAAGGUGGGAGAACAUGACCUCAGUAUUCUGAGGGAGGCGGCAUACAAGUUCCUGAGGGACUUCUACUCGGAGAGCGAGACUCAGCGGAUUGUUGAUGAGUUCGGCAAGGAGUUCCUGCGAUCUGUGUCCACCCUCAGUCUGGACGAUUACGAACGUAUCGCCACGUCUUGUCUGGAGGAGGAGAGAAAUAGUUAAGUAAUUGGUGUGAUUAAUGUACAGUGACGACCUUAGAUAGUUAAUCUUGUAUGUAUAUUUUGUACUUUAAAGGCUAUCUUAACGAUGCAAACACACUGUGUCUAACUAACUACAAGAGGGUCAGAUGUUAAAGUGUAGUAAGGAGAGAAUCUAACGAAAUGUGGAGAAUUAUUAGGUUAUGUGAAGUUUUUGAAAAGAUUUAUAUUUUUUCCUGCCUACUGGUUAUAUAAAUCUGUUAGAACUGUAUCGAAACAGUCAGAAAAAAUGCUGUAUUUAAUUGUAAAUUUUUCACAAGAAAUGUUUUAGACAUCAAUUCAACUUACAAGUAUUUCAGAUUAAUCAACUAAAUUUACAAUUAUUUCAGAUUGAUCAAUUAGGCUAGUCAAUAAAAAAAAUAUAUAUGAGCUGUCAUUGAUUUUGAAUACUAGUAUUGAAAACUUUUGUUAUGAACCCAUACUGCCUACAACCUUUCUCAAAUGAAUAAGUCUGUGGACAUUUGUCAAUAAAAAGUAUACCUUUUCUCAAAUUUGUCCAAUAAAACUAAUGAUUUUGGCACAUAUUAGAUUUUUAAUUACAUGAUUAAGUAAAAAUCUGUGUAUUUAAGUGUUAUAAUACUUAUGAGUAAAGAUUUAUUUCUUAAUA